GGCAGGCAGUUGAAUUGCCGCAUGGAACGAUGAACACAGCAAGAUGGAUAGUACUGUGUAUCGUUUUGAUGUUUUACCAGGGAUCUGCCCAGACUCUGGAGGAGGAUUGCGUAGACCACAUGGAGCGGAUUAAUGGAUCAAGCUAUGCUCCCUGGCUGGCUGAAAUUCUAUCGGAUUCUAAAGUAAUUUGCGCUGGAGCACUCAUAAAUAAUCUUUAUGUUCUAACAGCUGCGAGUUGUUUUAAAGAGAAUGAAAAACUAACUGUUCGCUUGGGCAGUGGCUAUUUUGAUAAAAGCUACGAAAAUUUCCGAGUAACAAAGGCUUACUUUUGGAUGACACAUUUCCCGGCCAACAAUACGAAUAAUUUGUGUAUCUUUCGGUUGCAAACGGAAGUGGAAUUUAAGACCCACAUUCGACCGAUGUGUAUCACAAAAAGUCCUAAAAGCCUUGGAUUGGCGACCACUUUUGAAAUUAUCAAUGAAAAGCCCAAAAUGUGGUACUUUUGUAAAAACAUAAAAGGUUUAUUCUGUAAAUAUGUUUUCGGAGAAAAUGAAGAAAAAUGGCAGUCCAAACCCACUGGAAGUCCUUGGACUGAAACAAUCUCAAACGGUCCUUUCAAGGGACUUGUACGAUAUGGAAUCCUGAGCUAUCGUGAUAACAAAACCUAUGAUGAGGUUUAUAUAAAUGUUAUGUCUCAUAUUAACUGGAUAGCUCAAAUCUCGUUAGAGAUUGAUAUAAGUACUCCAGUCAAGAAAAAAGAAUAUUAAAUAUUUAAUGGAACAGU